AUGCCAACGCCCGAUGAUGAAGCGAUGGUCUUGCCAGUGGAGCACGAGAGCAUCGCCGGCCGCACGACUUGUCCACCAGAAGAUGCGCGCAUUAUCGCUACCCACGAAUUGAAUCAAACACGAAGAUCCGACCACAAUAGCAAUGCCAACUCUGUGCCACAUGUGCCUAUGCAGCAGCCAACUCCAUCUCCUCAAAGCUCCCGCGAACCCACCCAGGCGCCCGACGAUACCCAUGGCAAGAUAUCAAGUGCCAACAUAGAAGCGCCGAGCAGAGAUAUACCCACGCCUAUGACUGCGACAGACGAUGGCACCGAAGAGCAACGCACGUCUCAGGCUUCGCCGCUUUCCACCGCUGCGCCAACUUCGCUGCUAGCCAGCCAUCUAUCAUCGCCAUUCCCUGCGCACAGGUUCCUACCUCAUACGUCGUCAUCUCUCCUCCGGCCCGGUAGUCGCUUCGUAGGCACUCAAACCUCUGACCGCCAGAAGUAUGAAGUUGAGGUCGAGAUAAAACACGUCGACAUGCGCGAAUCCUUCAUGUGUGGAUACUUGCGCAUUAAGGGUCUAACGGAAGACCACCCUAGCUUGACGACGUACUUCGAGGGCGAGAUCAUCGGAAGCAAAUACACCUUCAUUACACAACACCCAGAAUGGGGCUCCAACGAGAAGGUCGACAGACAACACUGGGCGCGGUUCCCUGCAUACAAGCCGCUAUCAAAGUACUCUUCGCGCCAAGAACUGGUGACCAAGGACUGGAUGCAGAAGGAGCACUUGUUCAUGCGAUGGAAGGAAUACUUCCUUGUGCCAGAUCACCGAGUCAGGACAAUAAGCGGUGCGAGCUUUGAGGGCUUUUACUACAUCUGCUUUAACCAGGUCUCGGGUGGCAUCGAGGGCAUCUACUUCCAUGCUAAGAGCGAGAAGUUCCAGAAGCUCCAGCUGGAACACGUCCAAGACUUUGGGUGUCAAGGCGCAAUUGAAUUCCGGUAA